AUGUUUCCACCACAGCAAGGCACGUCACUCGACAUCGAAGCUCUCUCGGGGAUCUGCGGCUCGAUCUCCAUUGCGUGUUGGGUGGUCGUGUUCUCGCCUCAGAUCAUCGAGAACUUCCGACGAGGAUCGGCGGAAGGUCUCUCGAUUGUGUUUCUUGUCAUCUGGCUUGCGGGAGAUGUCUUCAAUAUCCUCGGCGCCAUCCUUCAGGGCGUUCUGCCGACCAUGACCAUCUUGGCGGUCUAUUAUACACUGGCGGACAUUGUGUUGAUGGUUCAGGUGUUUUACUAUCGAGGGUUCACGUUGACGGACAAUGUGGGCACGACGAGUCAGUCAGAUGGCGACGCGGAGACGAGGCCUCUGCUGCACAGUGGCUCCGUGACUCAGCCGCCCUCGAGGGAUGAGGACGAUCGAUCUCGAUCGAUCAGUUCAUUGCAACGGCAUCUGUCUGUCGAUGGGACACAUCUGUCUCCCGUGACGCCCCUGCUCGACGCCCCAAAACCCAGCGAUCCGCCCGCCGUCAAGAAUAUCAAACCUACCACUACGCUCCAAACCAUCAUUUUCAACUGCUUCGCAAUCCUCCUUGUCUGCGCCGCCGGCGUGUUUGGCUGGUGGAUCACGGCUCAUAAAGUCCACCGUGGCCACCACUCAGUAAAAGGUGAAGAGCCAGAACCACUGGAAUUCGACACUUUGGGGCAGACUUUUGGCUAUCUAUGUGCUGUUCUCUAUCUCGGAUCUAGAGUGCCACAGCUCCUCCUAAACUACAAACGGAAAAGUACAGAAGGCGUCUCGCUCUUGUUUUUUCUGUUUGCCUGUAUUGGAAACUUGACAUAUGUCAUGUCAAUUUUUGCUUAUUCGCCGAUUUGUCGGAAACAGGGGCAUUGUGAGCCGGGGGAAUCUGGGGCUGUCUACGCGAGGUAUAUUGCAGUCAAUGCUAGUUGGAUCGCGGGUAGUUUGGGAACUUUGUUUUUGGACAUGGCGAUUUUUGUGCAGUUUUUCUUGUACCAGAAGGCGGACGAGAGUGAUGAUGAAUAUGAGGAUUAA